CCCGUUUGAGCUAAAUUCCACGUCCGCGUCCGUCGCCCGUGGCACACGUCGUUUCCUCACAUCCAGUACGCCUCAACCUCUCUCUCCCCACGAUUUCCAACCUGGUCGUUGUAUUUCAGGCUUAUCAGAGUCCGCGACGCCAUCCCCGAUCAGUCAUCAACCUAGUUGCUGAAUUCGUAGCGCCGCCCUUUGCAUCCUCCCCCAGACGAUCCCCCAACGCCGCACGACGACCACCUCCUUACGAUACUCUCCUCUACCCACCGAUUCACCUGCAACAACAACCAGGUGCUAGCUGCCUUGCAUGUCAACCCUUCACGUACCCAUCCUCCAUCCCAUCCGAGUCCGAUGAUUACAAGACUUUCGACCGUGAGCAGCUACCUGCCACAAUCGGCCACAGCCUGGACCAAAUCAUCGAAGAUCAGGCGAAGGCCAAGUGCUUGACAUCAUAUUCGUUGAUAUUCUUGUCUCGGAGAUAUCGCGAGACUCUAUCUGCUCCAUGCAGGUUGGUCCUCCCUCCUCCCUCAGCUUUAGAUGCCAUGUCUCCCAAGACCCAAGACGUGGACAGGCAGUUGUACUUCUGGGCCCAUUUCUGGGCAUCGAGCCUUCCCAUAACCGACAUCCUCCUGUUUGAUCGGCAAACUAAUCAUAUCUUGCCACUCGCCCUUCCCAAACGCUCUUUUCCCCGUUCUCAUCGCUUCGCAUUGUCACUGACAACCUUCACGCCUUACAGACUUCCACGCGAUCUCGAGAUCCGGGCGCAAGCUUCGCCGCGCGUAAGGGACAUCUUCCUCAGCUCUCCAUCAGCGACGAAACCCAUCAUGUCACUGAAGCCAUUGGGUUCAUGUAUGGCGAUGAUAACGAAACAGAUAUGAGAAGCCAUUCCCUACAGCAGCAGCAACGGCGUCCACACCACAAUCACCGUCGUCGACCCUCUAACCCCGACCACCAUGUCAUGCAACAACCAGAAAUCACCCUUAAUGGUAACCACAUGCCUCGAGACAUAACCCCAAGAAGACGCUCUAUCCCUCGAAAACAACUCCCUCCUCGAGACCCACAAAACGCCAUGUCCAUUGAACACCAGAAUGGAGGCUCACAAUCAUUUCCUGCUCUUGAUUCUCCCCCCGAUUCGCCUGCCCCUUCUGCCUCAACAAAGCCCUCCUCGCGGCAGAGGUCUCCUUCCGAAACCGCAACCUCCCAUUUCCCCCUCAAUGAUAUUGAAUAUGAAUCCAGCCCAGCGGCUGUGGCGCAAGAGCUGAGCAAUUUACAAGCCUUGAGGAGGAUGUCCAUGAGUGUUGGCGCUACAGACGAUCCAGAUCUUCCCCAGCUGAACGCUGCAGCAAUGCCUGGGAUGCCUUCAUCCUCGGCCAGUGAAGACGACUCAUCGCGGCUUUUUUGGGUACCUGCAAGGCUACAUCCAGAGCUUGCUCCCAAAGAGUUCAAAUCAUUUCUCGACAGCAAAGUGGAGCAGAUCAGGAGGAGAUCUGGCGAGUUAUCCACACUGUCCAGCCCUAACUCCUCUCGCUCAAACUCUCUAAAGGUCGAUGAGGGUGGUGGUGGGCUCCGCCGCAAGAAAUCAAUGCUGUCCCGUCAAAUCAACAGUUCAGUUGGCUAUCAGGACGGGGCUGAUCGUUUGGAGAGGAAGAAGUCGCAGUCUCGUCGAACAGCCCCCAACGAUCCGAAUCUACAAGAGUUGGAAAAUCUUGUGGCCCACACAGUUGGUUUGACCAAGCCGGAGGUGCCUCUGAGUCCACCCCAAGAGGCUACACCGGAUGUCAUACUCCCAUCAGUGCCCGGGUCAAGCCUGAAGAGAUCCACAAGAACUACGUAUCGUCGGGGCGGUGGCGGGAGUCUCAAGGGCAAGGGCUCGGAUCGGGCGACCUAUGCUCAAAGGGCCGCUCGGAGAACGGCUACAAUGGGUUCCCUAGAUCCUGUAUCAGACACACAGGAAGCCGUACCAGCUAUUCCUGCUCUCCCUAGCUUUGGCUGGUCAGAGCCGUCAGAGGAAUCACCAGAGCCAUCGAGAGGCCAAUCCACAUCUCCGUCAAAGACUGCGCCCACCAACUUUUCGCGACCAGCGGGCAGAGAACCCUCCCCUCCUUCCUCCGUGGGUCACGCCUCACAAACACCCUCCUCCUUUGAGUCGAUGUUUGGCGAGGAACACAAGGGGAGAUCCAGCUUCUCAAGUAACCCUGAGUUAUAUCGCACACGGACUAGGUCCAAAUCACCACCAUCAAUGGGCUUCGAGAGGAAGCCUGUGCCGCAGAUUGUAGAAGUACCGCCGACCGAUGAUUUGGACUCCUCUGUUCAGCCAGCUCGACCAUCGUCAGCACCUUCGGUCCAACAACAACAACCACUGCGACAUCCAGAAAGGGUUUCGUCUCGAGAGGAGUGGAACAAGACCCCCUCUCCUCAACGGCCGGGAAUGCCUUCCCGCGAAUCUAUGCACAUGCUGACCAAUAAGACACAAAUCAUUUCCAACAAUCUUCCGCCUCAGUCGCGACCCUCACAAACACUCGAGCAACCCUCGCCUCUUCCUGGGAAUGACACCAACACGAGCAACCUUUCAUUUAUUCCUACUUUGACAGUCGACAAGCGAGCUGACAAUAAGAAAAAGGAAGACGCUUCGAAGAAAUCUGGCUGGAGUUGGGGUUCUCUUGUGGGAAAGCAGGAGGGUGACAAGGAGAAGAGUGAAAAGCCCAAGGCUAAAAUAUUGAAACCUCCACAGCAGCAUGACAAUACCCGACUUGAUGUCCUGCAGACUUCAAUCGAAGGAAACAAAGGCCGCGAAAGCAUCGUCCUCGAUCGCGAGGGCUUGAGGCUGGAAGAGGAACGCAAGAAGGAGAGCCAGCGCAAGUCGGCAGGGAGUGACGGCAAGAAAGAAAAAGAGGGCCUUUUCGCAUCACUCUUUGGUGGCAAAAAAUCCAAAGGGGACAAGGAAGAAAAAUCGCGAAAGUACCGAGAUCGUGGACUCUCGCCGGAACCACCGUACCGAGAACUCAGGCCCGACGUGGAUUACAAUUGGGCGAGAUUUUCGAUCUUGGAGGAGCGAGCGAUUUAUCGGAUGGCACACAUCAAAUUGGCCAACCCUCGGCGCGCGCUAUAUUCCCAGGUAUUGCUGAGCAAUUUCAUGUAUAGUUACCUGGCCAAGGUCCAGCAGAUGCACCCGCAGAUGAAUCUGCCGACCAGCGCAAAGCAACAGCGCAAGCAACAGUCGACGAAAGACCAGCAACCACAGCAACGGCAACCAGAGGAGUAUACCCAGUAUCAACGUUAUCAGCAGCAGCAGGAACAGCUUCAGUCUGGGCAACAAACAAGCCCUGCACAACAAGAUGCGGGAGGCGACGAGCAUGACCGAAUGGGACAAGCAUCUAGCUCCCGAGACAGCAACUACACGACGAACGCCAAUGAGCAGCCGUACACAGUUGGAGGUCACUCGUACAGCCACCAUCAACAACAGUCGCAGGGGCUUGGGCAUAACAGGUCUCGGCAAGAUAAUGAUGCGGACGAGAUGUGGUGAUGACUGGGUUGAUUGCAUUGUCAAUUUUGAAUUUCCCUUUGCACACAGGUGAUUUUCUCACCGAAAGUUUGUCUUGUUAUUUGUAUCUUUCUACGAAGCAGUCUGAAAGCGGUUCUCAGACGACUCUUGACUUGGAGAACAUUGAAAGAAGGAUGACAGGGACAGAGUCAGAAUCUUCAGCCCGAGUCGACAUAUUUUCUUUGAGCAUAGCGGAUGGAUACAUGAAACGAACAUGAGAUGGGCACAAGCGAACAUUGUUGAAGUUCUGAUAUGAUGGACUGGCCAGGUGCCGGAAGCCAGACACACAAGAUCAAGGCAGUAUCUUGCGGCUGUGAUAGCACGGGCCAAAGCAGAGUUGUUGAUUCAUUGGAGGCAAGUGAAUUCAGGGCGAGGGCAGCUUGAGUGGAUCUGUUUACUUUUCAUUACAGACCGAUGUAAUAUACUAGGAUUGGGAGUGCUCCAACACUCGAUUGAUCUAGGUUUAACAUUUGUACAUAGACGUCGCCGGGAUAAGGAGAGGGUGUGGGCAGUAGGGCGGGCAUAGUAGAAGCCCUGACCUUGAAUCAGUGAGGGAGGACGUGAAAUCUAGUCCUCUAGUGAUACGACUUAACGGCAAUGUCUAAUAUCUCUAUUACCAAAUACUUGAUAUGGGCAAGAUGGCAUAGUGGAAUAAGAGACAUACAGG